CCUUUGCCCAGUGUAAGAUCAAGUGCGAAAUGGUACUUGCUUUUCAUCGUCCCAAAACAUGCGUAAUGACUGACUUGACCUAAUUAGGAAAGCAGUGUCCUCUAUUAUGCGGUAUUUACUGCUGGGGUGGACUCUGACCCAAACAGGAACCAUGUGACCCCACACACUGUUAUCUCUUGUUUUGUUGUGCACUUCUUUGUGGGAUGACAGCCACUGGUCUUAAGGCCUGCAGGGACAGAAACACGUGUCAUUUUGGCAGCAGACUGUAUUAUCCUGCUCGUCCAGCUGCUGCAGGAUGUCGCUGCUGGUCCACAUGCUCGCCUGUGCCUUUGGUCUGGGCUCCUGGGUGGCAGUGAACGGCCUGUGGGUGGAGCUUCCACUCAUCGUCAACACUCUCCCUGAAGGCUGGGACCUGCCCUCCUACCUGACCGUCAUCAUCCAGCUGGCCAACGUGGGACCCUUGCUCAUCACGCUCAUGCACAAACUGAGCCCGGGCCGCAUGAGCGAGCGGGCCGUCAUCUACGCCAUCCUCUCCGUCGGCGUCUUGUCCUGCGUUUUACUGGCCUUCUUCUGGGAUGAAACCACCAUUGUGGCUGGCGCCUCACACAGCACGGCCUUCUUCAUCAUCACCUUCUUCCUCUCGCUGGUGGACUGCACUUCCUCCGUCACUUUUCUGCCUUUCAUGUCUCGGCUCCCGGCAAAGUACAUCACCACAUACUUCAUCGGAGAGGGGCUAAGCGGCUUCCUCCCUGGCGUUGCUGCCCUCGCCCAAGGCGUGGGUAUGGCCAAGUGUGUUAACUCGUCUCAGACUGCAGGAAACAACACAGGUGGAAACGGGUGGUUCCUCCAAACCCAGUAUCUCCCACCCAACUUUUCCAUAGAGGUGUUUUUUUCCUUCCUGACAGCCAUGAUGUGCUUAAGUCUGUCUGCGUUUGUGGCGGUUAACAGGCUUCGUUUGCCAUUGAGCGAACACCUGGUGGCAGACUCAGUGGUGCCAGUCUGCUCAGGCCUGGACAAUCCUGCUGUGGACACUGAUGCAGAUGACCUAAGAUGCCAGAACAAGGAAGAGAGCCAGAUAGUUCCUCCUCUGGCAGGCCUGAAUCACUCUGUGUACCAGCUGGCCUUCAUGUACUUCCUGGUGGUGUGGGUUAAUGGUGCUACCAACGGCGUGCUACCCUCCGUACAGACGUACUCCUGCAUGCCAUACGGUAACCUGGCCUAUCACCUUUCUGCUGCUCUGGCUUCAGUGGCUAACCCUGUGGCUUGCACCAUUGCCAUGUUCUUCCAGAACAGGUCUCUUACGUUACUGGGUGUGCUGAUGGUGAUUGGAACAGGCUUUGGUAGCUAUAACAUGGCCAUGGCUGCUAUGAGCCCAUGUCCUCUACUUCAGGGGUCUGAGGCUGGACAAGUACUUAUUGUGCUCUCGUGGCUUUUCUUCACUGGUACUCUGUCUUACGUUAAGGUGAUGGUGGGCAUCAUCCUGCGUGACCACAGCCACAGCGCCCUGGUUUGGUGCGGAGCUGCAGCUCAAAUGGGAUCGCUGGUGGGCUCGGUUACCAUGUUUCCUAUGGUAAACAUCCUCAAGCUCUUCAAGUCUGGGGACUUCUGCAACACUAAAUGCCCCCUCUAAAAUUAUUAGUAUUUUGUUAAUGAGGAGAGGCGUGGGGUGAUUUCAAAUACAGUUUUCCUUGUCAGAGUAACUUAGUAACAAAGUAAAAGUAUUUGUAAGAGAUUCACUGUCAUAAUUGGUUUAACCAUGAUAUGACCUUUUCCUUAGUUUCCAUGUUUUGCCGUUUAUUUUCUGUGUUUUCCCUGGUUGUAGUGUUCACUUGGCUUUAGUGUUGUUUGUUUUGCAGCAAUUUGACCACUGCUUCUGAGCACUGGCACCUUCAUCUGUCUCUAAUUGCCAAUCGGGGUGCUCACCUGUCCUUAAUUGGCAAUCAGGAGGGUUUGUCCUCCAGUGUUGUCAGGUUGACGGUGCUGGUUCAGUGUGGACUGUGCAUGGUUUGUCUAACCCUGGAUUUGUACUGCAGAACAUAUUUGUCAGAUUUAAAACAAACAAACAAACAACAACAAAAAAACACUCCAAAAACAGCAUUCAGUGGCAUCCAAAACUUUGCGCAAGCUCAUGACCAAAUGCAUCAACUUAAUGAUUUGACGUUUUGAUAUUGUUUAACAUGGUUAUCCAACAUGUAGGAAAGGAGGAAAUUCAUCAAAGGUCCCCUUUAAUGCUUAUAUGUCAACUUGUUCCACUUUUUUGUAUUUUGUUCUAUCCAUCCAUCCAUUUCUACCGCGUGUCCCUUUUCGGGGUCGCGGGGGGUGCUGGAACCUAUCUCAGCUGCAUUCGAGCGGAAGGCGGGGUACACCCUGGACAAGUCACUAACUCAUCGCAGGGCCAUUUAUUAAUUUUAUGAAAAUCUAACAAAAUAUCUAAUAAAAAUUAAUCAAUCAACAUAACAUUAAAGUAAAAAUAUGAAUGAAAAGUAUCACAAAUGAGUUAAAAACGUUUAAUAUUUGUCCCUUACAAAGCCAUAUUUUCAUUUUACAAGAUUUAAACCAAUAUAGAAGAAAUCAUUUUACUCAGUCGUAUCUUUUCAUCAUUGUGUUUUUGUUUAAUACAGAAAAAUAUUGACAUUGUUUCAUUCAACUGCCAAGUCCGUUGCAUAAACUAAAACCUCUGAUUGAAAUACUUACUUCCAUUAUCACUGUUCUAAAUGUAGAUGUAUUAAAGAUCCCAGGUUCUGUCAGAAUAUAUUUACUGUCUCAUUUUACAAAUCUGUUUUGAAUGUUGGGUAGGAUUGUUGCAUGUGCUUUGUACAUGAUUUUUAGGAUAUUAUACUGGAGAAUGCCAUAUAUGUUGCUAAAUACUCAUAUGUUAACAUGAAAUAAAGUCUAAAUUGAAACAUUCUUGUUGUUAUCUUUGCCGUUUGACAACAACAAGUGAAUUUGAUCAUAUUACGCCUAUACUGGCUCACCUGCACUGGCUUCCUGUGCACUUAGGAUGUGGCUUUAAGGUUUUACUACUUUAAGUAUAAAAUACUAAACGGUCCAACUCCAUCCUAUCAGAAAUGGUAAAUAAAUUUCAUUUUUUAGAUAUCAUACUAUUUGAUUAAAGUAUAAAAAAUGCAAUGGUGUGUAACCGGUUGACACAGCAAGAAAUCAACUCUUCAGUUUAUAAUCAUUAUAGUUCCCAAAGUCAUGAAGCCAAGACAAUGUUAUGUUUGACCAGUAGGUGGCAGAAGCACAACACCAAAAGCUGUAACUCAAAUUUUACAAGCACUCAGUGACCACAAUACAAAAGCUAUUCCCUUGACUAUGUAUAUGUAGUCUGUGCAGCAGUGCCUGGCAGGAUUUAAAGAAUUUUUUUUUACUGAUCUUCAGACAUUUUGCUUGUACUGGCUAGGAAUUUUCAAACAGGGGGGAAAAAUACGUUCAAAACAAGCUAACUGAUCAUUUCAGAAAGUGAAAGGGUCAGUACACAGUGAUUUUUAUAGAUAGGGAGGUAGCGACUUGUCCAGGGUGCAGCUGAGAUAGGCUCCAGCACCCCUGCGACCCCAAAAGGGAUAAGCGGUAUUAAAUGGAUGGAUGGAUUGGAGAACAGGCAUGAUUGUCAACACUCGUAUUUUGCCAAGAGAGGGCGCUGCCUCUCAAGUUGUUGUGUGGAAAUUUUACAGAAUUCGGUUCAGAGCUCGGCUUCAUGGUGGCAGAGGGGUUAGUGCGUCUGCCUCACAAUACAAAGGUCCUGAGUAAUCCUGGGUUCAAUCCCAGGUUUGGGAUCUUUCUGUGUGGAGUUUGCAUGUCCUCCCCGUGAAUGCGUGUGCUCCCACCUCCAAAGACAUGCACCUGGGGAUAGGUUGAUUGGCAACACUAAAUUGGCCCUAGUGUGUGAAUGUGAGUGUGAAUGUUGUCUGUCUAUCUGUGUUGGCCCUGCGAUGAGGUGGCGACUUGUCCAGGGUGUACCCCGCCUUCCGCCCGAUUGUAGCUGAGAUAGGCGCCAGCGCCCCCCGUGACCCCAAAAGGGAAUACGCGGUAGAAAA